AGUGACAGCCGACAGUACAUAGUAAUUAUUAUUAUUUGAUAUUUCGAUUGUCUAAUGGCCAAGCCUAUCUUUUUACAUUGAGAUUUUGUUCUAAUUCAUUUUAUUUUUAUAAAUUACAAAUAAACUCUAUAGAAAUGGUUGUUAAAAUUUACAUUAGUGGGAUCUCAGGAAACAAAGAGGUAAAAAAAAGACAACAGCGUGUUAUGAUGAUCCUAGAUUCAAAAAUGAUCAAAUAUGAAAUAAUUGACAUAACGGAACCUGGCAGGGAAGAUGAUAAAGACUUCAUGCAAAACAAUUCCAAGUCGAAUGGUGGUACUGUCAGUGAUCCUAGCCCACGCUCACCUCUGCCGCCGCAGAUCUUCAACGAUGAAGAGUAUUGUGGGGAUUAUGAACAGUUUGAUUUAAAUAAUGAGAUAGAUACAUUGGAACAAUUUUUAAAACUAGAAGUUCCUCCUGAAGAACUACCUACAGAUACCAAGAAUGUUGCAGUUAAUGGAGAGGUAGUAGCAAAUGAAAGCAAAGAAUCUACAAAUGACAUGGAAGGCACAACAGAUAAAUCAAUCGAAGCAAACGAAAACCCCACUGACAGUGACAAUGCUGAUGCAGUAGCAAAAGAGGCUUCAGUAGAAAAGGAAAAUUCGCCAGAAAAAGAAUCAAGACAGAAAUCUGAAGAAGGAGGACAAACAACAGACAACAUUGAAAAGACAGAUACUGAAAAUGAACCUAAACAAAAGUCAAAAGAAAGCAGCCCUGCUGAAGCCGAAGUAGUCAAUGAGAAUGGAGCAGUCAGCUCUCGUGAGCGGUCUGAGGAAAAACAAGAAGUUGUAAAUGAGCAACAGAAGGAAAACCCAACAGAAGCUUUUAUUCAGAGUGAGCAAAUGGCAGCUUCAGACUAGUGGAGGGAGCAACUUAUGUUAUCAGCUCAAACUUACUUUAGCACUAAGCAAAUACUUUUCAUCACCAUUGUGUUAUUUAUAGAGCAUCAUUCAUAUUUUUGGCAUAACAUUAAGUCAUUGUAUAUAAAGCAAAUAAUUAUUUGUUGAGUUAUGAAUAUGCUGUUACAUGCCAUCCUAGUUACAAGUUGCUAUGAAGUGGCCUACUUUUAAAUUAUUAUUAUUAUUGGGAAAUUAAUCAAAUUUUUAUCUCUAAAUAUAGAGUCUAUUAACAAUUUUAUCCUAUUUAAGGCAUGUAUUUGGUAUUACUCUUAAAGUAUGUUAUUUAUGUAAUCGUUUUAAAUAUCAA